GUAGAUGUUUUCCUUAAUGUGGAACAGUUAAAAGAAGAAAUUGAGUUUUUAAAGAAUGCCCACAAGAAGAAAGCACGAUUGGGUGCUCUCAAGACUUUUCCAAAUUAUUGUAGAAUACAAGAAGAUAAUAGUAGUAACUCCUCACCUCAAAGUUACAGUGAAAAUGUGAAGCUGCUGAUGGCAUGGAUUAAUGCUGUUUGUGGAUUUUACGAUAUCAAGGUGGAAAAUUUCACAGUGUGUUUCUCAGAUGGUAGAGUAUUAUGCCAUUUGAUUCAUCAUUAUCAUCCAUGUUACAUGCCUUUGGAAGCUGUAUGCCAACGUACAACUCAAACAGUAGAAUGCUCAAGAACUUGUACAGUGGGACUAAACUCUUCCUCCUCAUCCUCUUCGGAGUCCGAUACUUCUCUAAAUGUUGUGGAAGGAAUGUUUGACCAAACUGUAACUGCCUCAGUCCUAUACAAGGAACUCUUGGACAAUGAAAGGAAAAACUUCCAGCUCAUCAAUACUGCAGUUUCUGACCUAGGUGGAAUACCAGCAAUGAUUCAUCACUCGGACAUGUCAAAUACAAUUCCUGAUGAGAAGGUUGUUAUUACCUACCUAUCAUUUCUGUGUUCACGGCUUCUGGAUCUUCGGCAAGAAACUCGAGCUGCACGAUUAAUUCAGACUGCUUGGAGGAAUUAUAGGCUGAAAAGGGAACUGAAACUUUCUCAGGAAAGAGACAGAGCUGCUCGGAUAAUUCAGAAAUCUGCAAUAAACUUCUUGUCCCGUCGACGCAUCCUGAAGAAAGUGAAUGCAGCAGUUCUCAUUCAGAAGCACUGGAGAAGUUACUUAGCCAGGAUGUUUUUGUUAAAUCUGAAAAAGACAAAACUGGAGGAAGCCAGAAGUAAUUCUGCCACAGUCAUUCAGGCUUACUGGAGGAGAUACUCUGCUAGGAAAAGAUAUUUACAGCUAAGAUACUAUGUUAUUUUUGUACAAGCAAGGAUAAGGAUGGUGAAAUGUGUUGCUGCAUAUAAACGAAUUGUUUGGGCUACUGUUACAAUUCAGAGUCAUCUGCGUGCAUCUAAGUUGGCAAAAAAAGAUCGACAAAGACUUGAAAUCUUGAAGUCUUCAGCACUUACUAUUCAGUCUGCAUUCAGAAGAUGGAGAAAAUACAAAAUUCAACAGAAAACUAAAGCAACUCUAGUGAUUCAGACUUAUUUCCGAAAAUGGCAAUCUUCAAAACUGGCUAAAAGAGAGAGGGCUGCCCUUGUCAUACAGUCUUGGUAUAGGACGCACAGAGAUCUGAAGCGGUAUCUACGCACGAAGCAAAGUGUUAUCAAGAUUCAGGCUUGGUACAGGUGUCAGCUGGCUAGGCGUACUUACCAGGAACACAGGGCAAAAAUAGUGACAAUCCAGCAGUAUUACAGAGCUUAUAAACUAGGAAAAAAUGAAAGAGAACACUAUUUGCAAAAGCGUGCAGCAGCGAUAGUUCUCCAAGCUGCUUUUAGAGGCAUGAAGUCACGUAAACUAUACAGUCAAACAAAAGCAGUUUGUGUUCUUCAAUCACUGUGGAGAAUGAGAAAAGAGAACCUAAGAUUUCUACGACUAAAAAAAUCUGUUACUACGUUGCAGUCACAUGUGAGAAAAUACCAACAAGUGAAAAGAUACAAAGAGAUUAAGAAUGCUGCUUGUGUAAUUCAGACUUGGUAUAGGGCACAUGUUGCUUCUAAAAAGGCAGCUGCUGCUUUCCAAAGGAUGCGUCUGGCAGCUAUUGUCCUGCAGUCCGCCUACAGAGGAAUGGAAGCUAGGAAAGAGGCUCGCAUAUUGAGAUCUGUGAUAAAAAUUCAGUCAAAUUACCGUGCUUACAUUGUCCGGAAGAGCUAUAAAAACUUGAAAGAUGCAACAGUGAAGAUUCAAGCUUUUGUAAAGAUGAGGCAAGCACAUAAGCAUUAUUGUGCGUUAAGGGAGACAACGCUUUAUGUCCAGCGAAGGUAUCGAUCUCGUAGAUAUGCUCUUCAACUUAAAGAAGAUUAUAGGAAAUUGAAGGGAGCUUGCAUAAGAAUUCAAGCUGUAGUUCGAGGCUAUCUUGUCAGGAAACAAAUACAAAGGUGGACGGAGACUGCAAUAUUUCUCCAGGCACGCUACCGAAUGAGAAGGGACAGGCAACGUUAUUUACGCAUCUAUAGUGCUGCCAUUGUCAUUCAAAAACAUUAUCGUGCAUAUGAAAAGCAACUGUGUCAGAGGCAGGAGUUCUUGCAAGUUAAAAAAGCAGCUGUGUGCUUACAGGCAGCCUACAGGGGUUACAAAGCACGCAAAAAGCUUAAACUUGAAUAUGGAGCUGCUAUUAAAAUUCAGACUGCUUUUAGAGCUCAUGCUGCGAGAAUGAAAUACAAGGCAAUGGUUCAGGCCUCCAUCGUGAUUCAGAGGUGGUACGGAACUUGUAAGACUGCUAACAGGCAAAGACUGAAUUUCUUAACAACAAGAGCGGCAGUGCUUUCUUUACAAGCAACUUUUCGUGGCUGGAAGGUACGAAAGCAGAUUCAAAGACAAUGUGUUGCUGCUACUAAGAUACAGACUGCCUUCAGAAAAUUCAUAGCUCUGAAAAAAUUCAGGCUUAUGAACCAUGCUGUGCUAACUAUCCAAAAGCAUUACAGAGCCCAUGUUAUUGGCCAGAAACAACGGCAAGAAUACGUUCAGCUGCGUAACUCCGUAGUGUGUCUUCAGGCAAUAUGGAGAGGGAAAACUGUGAGAAAAGCAAUUCAAAAGAAGCAUAAUCUUGCAACAAUUAUUCAGUCGUAUUACAGAAUGCAUGUAAAUCAACUAAAAUAUAAGAAAUUAAGACAAGCCACUCUAGUGAUUCAGAAAUACUUUAGAGCUUACUGUAUGAAAAAAAACCAACGUGCAAUUUACCUAAAAACAAAAGCAGCUGUUUUAGUCUUGCAGUCUGCUUACCGUGGGAUGACUGUGAGGAAACAAUUGAACAAACUAAACAAAGCUGCUACAACUGUACAAGCUGCCUUCAAAUGUUACUUGGUCAAAAAGGACUAUGAAAGACUUAGAUCUGCAGCUAUAGUAGUUCAAAGGCAUUAUCGUGCAAUUAUUCAUGCUAAACAUCAAAAGCAGAAAUAUUUGUCUUUAAAGAAAGCCACAGUCAACAUCCAGGCGAUUUAUAGAGGUGUAAGAGUUAGACGACAAGUUCACUGCAUGCAUCAAGCGGCUGUUUGUAUCCAAGCCACAUUUAAGAUGCAUCGCAUGAACAUAAAAUAUCAGGCAAUGAGAAUGGCAGUAAUUAUAAUUCAAAGACAAUAUAGAGCAUUUUGUUUGGGCAAAGUACAACGUAAAAAAUACUUGGAACUAAAGAAGUCCAUCAUUAUCCUUCAGGCUGCCUGUAGAGGCAUGAAGGUCCGACAAGACUUAAAGACUAUGCAUCAGUCAGCAGCAAUAAUACAAUCUUAUUAUCGAAUGCACAAGCAACAGAGGGAAUUCAGAAAAUUGUUGCUGGCAACUAGACGGAUUCAGCAGUGGUUCCGUGCUUGUAAGGAGCGAAAUACACAAGUUCACAACUAUAUGAUUAUGAGAAGUGCUGCACUUCGUAUCCAGGCUGCCUUCCGUGGUAUGAAAACAAGAAGACUUAUAAGAACUAUGAGUGAGUCAGCUGAGCUUAUUCAAAGAAGAUUUAGAACUUUUCUCAAAAGAAAACAUUUUCUUUCCGUUAAGACAGCUGCUGUUGUAAUUCAGAGAAAAUACAGAGCCACAAAACUAGCAAAAAUUCAACGUCAAAAAUAUCUCUCUUUCCUUAAUGCUGCUGUUAUCAUACAGUCUGCUUAUAGAGGCUUUGUGGUAAGAAAAAAGUUGCAGCAGAUGCAUCAAGCUGCUACAGUUAUUCAAGCAACAUUAAGAAUGCGCAAAAUUUACAUUUCUUAUCAAGCUGUCAGGCUUGCUUCAGUAAUCAUACAGCAACGUUAUCGUGCUUACAGGGAAGGGAAGCGUGUGAGGGAAAUGUACUUAAAACUGUACAAUUCUAUUUUAGUUCUUCAGGCUGCCUAUAGAGGAAUGAAAACAAGAUGCUUCUUGAAGAAAAGACAUGAGGCAGCGCUUACAAUACAGAGAAACUACCGAAUGUAUAGGCAGUACCGCCGUUACAGAAAAGUUCAGUGGGCAGCCCAGCUAAUACAGAAGAGAUACAGAGCCAAUACCCUAAAGAAAAUCGCAGUACAGCGUUACUCCUUGUUAAAGAAAGCAACAAUUUGUAUUCAGAAGGCUUUUCGAGACAUGCAGGCAAAAAAACAACAUCGAGAAAUGCACUGUGCUGCUAUUGUUUUUCAGAAAAAUUUUAAAGCUCUUAGAGAACGUCAGAGAUACGUCUCUCUUAAAGCAGCCACUCUUGUGUUUCAGAGGAGAUAUAGAGCUUUGAUUCUGUCAAGACAGCAUACUUUGGAGUAUCUUUCUCUUCGCAGAGCAACUAUUCGCAUACAGGCUGUGUACAGAGGUAUCAGGGUGCGGAAGAGUAUUAAGCGUAUGCAUUUAGCUGCCAGUACAAUACAGUCAGCCUACAAAAUGCACAGGAAUAGAAGGACUUAUCAAAAUAUGAGAAUUGCAGCUAUUGUUAUACAGAAAUACUAUCGAUCCUACAUUAAAGGAAAGAAUCAACGAAAGAAAUAUCUGACAAUGAAGAAUUCUGCUGUUGUUAUUCAAGCAUCAUAUAGAGGCAUGAAGGAACGACAGAAACUGAAAGUCAUGCAUGUUUCAGCAAUUAAAGCAGCAGCAAUAAUGAUCCAGUCUAUGUUCCGAUGCCAAAGAACAAGGACUCGCUAUAAAUUAAUUCAGAGUUCGGCAGUUGCUAUUCAGAGGUGGUACAGAGCACGUCACAGGGCUCGCUUACAGAAAGCGGAGUAUACUGCUCAAAGACAAGCAAUCGUAAUUAUUCAGUCUGCCUUCCGUGGUAUGAAAGCAAGAAAAACAGCAAGACAAAUACGAGCUGCAAGAAGGAUUCAGUCUUUUCUUCAGAUGGCUGUGCAGCGUAGAAAAUUUAUUCAACUUAGAACAGCAGCUGUUACGUUACGAGCCUAUUAUUUAAUGCAUAAGACUAAAUCACAAUAUAAAAGCUAUAAAAAAGCAGCAGUUGUCUUACAACGAUGCUACCGAUCCCACUUGACUGUGAAAUACCAAAGAACAACUUACUUACAAAUCCGGAGGAACAUUAUCAUUGUGCAGGCUAGAGUCAGAGGAUUCAUUGAAAAGAAGAGGUUUCACAAGAGUAAAGAAAGCAUAAUAAAAAUUCAGGCGUCAUAUAGAGGAUACAAAGCCAGACAGUGGGUUAACAAAAUGAGAGCAGCACAAGUAAUUCAAGCCUGGUUUCGAGGCUGCAGAGCACGAAAGGAAUAUGCAUCUGUGGUAAAAGCUAUACGUGUUAUUCAGAGUCACUUCAAAACAAAACAGCAGCGGACACGGUUCUUGAAAAUUAAGUUCUGUGCACUUACCAUUCAAAGAAGAUGGAGAGCAACGCUUACUGCACGAAUGAUUCGACAUCAGUUUCUGGCAACUAAGAAUCUUCAAGCUGCAUGUUUGAUCCAAAGAGCAUACAGAGGUUUCAAGGCAAGAAGGAAACUUUUUCAACAAAAAGCUGCUGCUCUAAUUAUCCAGAAACAUCUGAGGGCUUGGCAGGAAGGCAAGCUUCAGUUUGUGAAAUACAACAAGACUAGAAGAGCUGUCAUUAAACUGCAAGCAUUUAUACGGGGUUAUUUAGUCAGAAAAAAGAUUUCAGAACAGAAGCAAAAGAAGAGACUGCUUUAUUUUACAGCAGCUGCAUAUCAUCAUAUCUCUGCAAUUAAAAUUCAAAGGGCAUAUAGGAUUCACCUCGUCUUAAAGCUUGCACAAAACCAGAUCUCAUCUGUUCUUAUAAUACAGAGAUGGUUCCGAGCAAAAAUGCAACAAAAGAGAUUUCUAAGAGAUUAUCAAAGAAUCAUUCAAUUACAACGUGUGAUUCGAGGCUGGCUAAAUCACAGAAAUAAUGCAGCAACCAUAAUCCAGCGAAAUCUACGAAGAUUCCUUGCCUGCAGGCGUAGGAGAAAAUUUGCAGUUGGAAUAGUUAAAUUUCAGGCAUUGUGGAGAGGAUAUUCGUGGAGAAAGAGUAAUGACACAGCAAAAACUAAAGCUUUAAGACGUAGUUUAGAAAAGGCUAAUGAAAAGAGCAGAGAAGAAAACAAAUUGUGCAACAGGACUGCAAUUGCCAUUGAAUACCUUCUAAAAUACAAACAUCUGUCUUAUAUUCUUGCAGCAUUAAAGCACCUUGAGGUGGCUACCAGGCUGUCCCCGCUCUGUUGUGAAAAUAUGGCCCGGAGCAGAGCAAUCUUCACUAUUUUUGUUCUGAUCCGAAGUUGCAACCGGAGUGUUCCGUGCAUGGAUGUGAUCAGAUAUUCAGUUCAGGUUCUACUGAAUGUUUCAAAGUAUGAAAGAACUACUCAAGCAGUUUACGAAGUAGAAAAUUCUAUAGACACAUUACUAGACUUACUGCAAACGUACAGGGGGAAAGCUGGGGACAAAAUUUCAGAGAAAGGAGGAAGCAUUUUCACGAAGACCUGUUGUUUGUUGGCCAUCCUUUCAAAGGACUCGAAAAGAGCUUCGGAAAUCCGAGGCAUGCCAAGAGCUGUUACCUGCAUUCAAAGCCUAUAUAAACUUACAGCUCGUAAACACAAAAUGGAUGCAGAGAGAACACUUGUGAAGCAAAAAACAAAUACUUUCUUAAGUGGAACUUCCUUUGUUCCAGUAACCCCUCUAAGAAUAAAAACAGUUUCAAGAAUUAAACCAGACUGGGUUUUGAGGAAAGAUAACAUGCAAGAAAUUGUGGAUCCUCUGCAAGCAAUUCUGAUGGUGAUGGAUACGCUUGGUAUUUCCUGCUACUGAAAUGUAAAUGAUGUAUAUGAAGAUGUAUUUGUACAGCAUGUAUGUAGUAGAUAGCUAAAUGAUUUUGAAAAAAAGUAAAUAAGUGUCA